UGCCGUCAGCGAGUACCAUCUGUCAUAAUCAGCUGUUAACCGGAUUGUUUUGUAAUUUUUUGCCGUUUUGUAAUUCCAGAAUGGCUGCUACGAAAACAUUGCGUUCAUUACUGCAAGAAUUGCGUUAUGCUUCACCGAACGGCUGCAUUAAAAAUUCACUGGCCGCUCGUUAUGUACUAGCGCAGUACAAGAAAUAUUCGACCACGGAUCAGCAGUUGUGUAAAGCACGGGAUGAGGCGCUAUUCCUUGGACAAACUUAUCUCACGUAUUUGUCCAGUUUGCGAAAAUUCAAUGAGCUCUAUAAAGAAUAUCAUGGUCGAGGUGAACGUAGUGUCAAAGAGACUGCAGAUUUGGUCGGCUUCAAACUACCAUCUGAUCCUAAGUAAACGAACAGAAAUUCCAACAUACAUACAUACAACGGUUAAAAGAAAAUUAAAAUUGAUGGCUUAAAGAAGUCUAGUUUAGCUACAUAUGUAUAUAAUUAAUGCCAAAAGUUGCUGUAAAUUUAAAUGAACUCAAGAACAACAACUGAUUGGUACAACCAGUACAACUUACCACAUAUAAUACGGCUUAUUUUCUCAAGAGAAAUGUACCAUAUAAACAUAUCGUCGUUUAAAGUACAAAACCGUCCUUCUGCAAAACCGCGU